AUGUUAGAAGGUAAAUUUGAUGAAUCAACAUUAUUAAAAAAAAUAGUUGAAUCAAUCAAAGAUUGUGUCAAAUUAUGUAAUUUCAAUUGUACAGAACAUGGAAUUACAGUUCAAGCAGUUGAUGAUUCAAGAGUUUUAUUAGUUUCAUUAUUAGUUGGGCAAACUGCAUUUAGUGAAUAUAGAUGUGAUAGAGACGUUACCUUGGGAAUUGAUUUAGAAAGUUUUUCAAAAAUUAUAAAAUGUGGUAAUAAUGAAGAUUAUUUAACUUUAUUAGCAGAAGAUAGUCCAGAUUCUGUAAUGACAAUUUUUGAAGAUAAGAAAAAGGAAAGAGUAAGUGAAUAUAGUUUAAAAUUAAUGAAUAUUGAUUCUGAAUUUUUAAAAAUUGAUGAUAUGGAUUAUGAUUCAGUUAUUACAAUGCCAAGUUCAGAAUUUGCUAAAAUCGUUAGAGAUUUAAAAAAUUUAAGUGAAUCAUUAAAUAUUAUUGUUACAAAAGAUUCUGUUAAAUUUACAAGUGAAGGUGAAACUGGAACUGGUAGUGUUGUUUUAAAACCUUAUAAUGAUAUGGAUAAACCAGAUGAAAGUGUUACUGUUAAUUUAGAUAAUCCAGUUGAUUUAACCUUUGGUUUGAAAUAUUUAAGUGAUAUCAUAAAAGCUUCAAGUUUAUCAAACACGAUAACUGUUAAGUUAGCUGACAAAACUCCUGCAUUAUUUGAAUUUAAAUUAGAUGUUGGUGGUUAUUUAAGAUUUUAUUUAGCUCCAAAAUUCGAUGAAGAUGAAUAA